AUGCUAAUCCCCACCCCUGGGACAACAAAUGAUACAAUUCAGUGGCAUUUUAUACAAUCCGAUUUGCAAGAUCUUUACUUGCCAACGGAUUGUAUCCCAGAGAAUCUUGAGAUACUCGACCUUGAAAUCGACGAUCUCAGGAAGCGCAGAUCUUUCGUGGGGUACUGCAAUCGCGCCCAUGUCACAACAGGAACAAAGGACUCUCGCUAUGAGUUUUUUCAGCUGUCUUAUGCGGAACAGGACUCCUCAUCUUUGCGAAUAGGACGCGAAAUCUCCUCGACAAUGGGUACUGGAGGAAUGGGAAUAUUUGGUGCUGGACUUGCAGCCAAGAUAAUCAUCGCAAAGGGACUAUUCGCAACAGUGCAGGCGAAAGAGACUUGA